AUGAGUGAAUUUCAAUGUGAAGUUGAUCCAAUUCAAAAAUCUAUAGUUUCAGAUGUGUUAUAUUCAUUAUAUGGUAUUAGCAAGGAUUCUAAUCCAUGCAACACUUAUUACAUUGAAUGGGUUUAUGAACCUUCAAAAAAUUAUGAAGUUGUUACAGAAUUGGAUUUUAUUAUUCCACCAAAUUCAUAUUAUGAAAUACAUCAAGAUUUAUACAAAUUACCAUUUUUUAACAGAUUUAACGUUCCAUAUAAUAUGGUUUUACCAACAAGUUUGAAAUAUGUGUUUAUCAGUGCAAUAUCUGUACCACUAGGUAAAGUUUGGUUUGAAUCAAGUAUUAACUUGGACUUCCAAUUAGAUAAAUCUGUAAAGCCAAUAGAUGGAUCAUGGAUAAAACCUUGUCCUUCAAUUGUUAAUAUUUCAAGCAUUGGUGUGUUUAAUAAUAUUUGUUUUAAAUUAGAUAAUUCAAAUAUUCCAUUAAACAUUAGUGAAAUGUGCCCAAAUUUAGAAUACUUGAGCUUGGAUAUAUAUAAUGGCAUGGAAGUCGGUUACCAAAACAUUUCAAUUUCCAAUACAGGUAUUUUCCAAAAAAUAAUAGCUUUUUAUCUUACUUUUAUUCCUACCACUAAACCACAAGAAUAUCUUACAGCUAAUUCUUCACAUCCAUUUGAAAAGAUUAGUUUAGGAAAUUUAUCAUCAUUACAAAUUACUAAUAAUCGUUUCGAGCAAACAUUACCAAAUAUUGACGAUGCUCCUUAUCUAACCUAUCUUUCCAUAGAUAGUUCAUUAGUUAUUGGUGAUAUUCCAGAGUCAUAUUGCAAAAACCUAGGUUGGUCAGUAGAUGGUUUGGACAUGUCUAUUCCAAAUUCAGAAUUUUCAUUCUACAUUCCUCAAGGUGUUGGUAAAAAUGCACAAAUUACUAAAUCAUUCCAAAAUGGUAAAACAUACCAAUUCCAAUAUGGCUAUCUUCCACCAACAAUUAAAUCGUAUUCCUUUUUGAAUGAUAAGGGAAAUAGCUUUUUCUCUCUCAUUGGUUCAAAUUUUGAUUUCGAUGUUAAUUCAAACAAUACUGUGAUUAUCAAUGGUUCACCUUAUAAAUUUGGAAAGGCAGAGAUUAGUGGUGAUAAUAAUCAUAUUAUUAAAUAUCCUAUGAUUGACUUUCCAACAAUAGCAACUAAUGGUGAAUUUACUGUUUCAGUUAUUGUUGGUAACCAAAAUUCAAAUGAAAUGAAAUUUUAUUAUUUCUCAUAUAUUAAAAUUAAUCAAAAGACUUUAAUUUUAAAUUCAAUUGGUGGUUCAAUUGAUAUUGAAGGCUCAUUCAUCACAAAUAAUUUUUCAUUUAUUUCAGUUAAUUAUAUCUUAACAUUAAAUAUUGGUGGAUCCACUACCACUACCCAAGUCUCAUAUAUUCAAUAUGUUACACCUUCUCCAAGUUCUUCAUCAAGCUCUUCACCAAGCUCUUCACCAAGUGCAUCACCAAGUGCAUCACCAAGUGAACCACCAAGUGAAUCACCAAGCUCAUCUCCCACUGAAUCUGCAACUGAAUCUCCAAAUAAUCACCUAUCAAUAUCAUCAACUUUAUCAGUUCCACUUCAGAUUUGUUAUAUUCAUUAUGGUAUUAGUAAGGAUUCCAAUCCAUGUGACUCUUCUUACGUUAUAUGUAUUGUGGAUCGUAAAACAAAUUAUCAAGUUAUUACCUCAUUAAAUUUAUAUUCCGAACCAAAUUCAUACAAAUUACCAAAUUUAACAAAUAUAAAUUUAGGCAAAAAUAUUGGUUUUAAUUUACCAUUUUAUUAA